CGACCACUGAAGGAGGAUCUAUUGGCCCUGCGUCCUUCGAAGCUGAUCCAAGCUCUUCCUCUGCAGCAACACGGUUUUCCAUCACACCAUCACACACUUUGUACCACCCCAAGAACGCUGUACAACCCGAAAUCCGACAUAAUGGGCGUUGAGAAGAUUGUCCACGAGGAAGGCCAGGGCGAUGCCGUCCAGAAGGGCCAAACCGUCACCAUUGCCUACACUGGUUGGGAGAGGGCCAAGGGAACAUCCGAAAACGUCUGGGAGAAGGGCUCCAAGUUCGAUUCCUCGGUCGACCGCAACCAAGACUUCGUUGUCCCCGUCGGUGUUGGCAGGCUGAUCAAGGGCUGGGAUGAGGGUAUCGUCGGCAUGAAGCCUGGCGAGAAGGCCACUCUCCACAUCACCCAUGACUACGCGUAUGGGCCUAGGGGCAUCCCCGGAGUCAUUGGCGAGGAAGCCGAUCUCAUUUUCGACGUCAGCCUCAAGAGCUUCAAAUAGAGAGACCUAUUGAGGUGUUGAUUGUGACAGGAAUAUAGCCUUAAAAAGAUUCGUACCGCGGGCCAAAAUCGGUGCCGUAAUGCACAAAUCAACAUACAAACAAAUCAUUGUCUGACGCUUAUUCGUGGUCGCGACCUAUAAGUAGA